GCAUCAGCUUGUUAGUACCAAAUGGUGGACCUAGUGGCGUCAGAAUUCUCUCGUCGCGUGCAUCGUGUGAAGGAUCUGGCCCUCCUCUCAUCGGCGGAUGAAAAGAGCCCUGCUCACCUGACGGCCCUUCACGCUGCACUCACCGAUGCAGAGCGCGUGGCAGAGCUUCUGGAGGGUCGACUCGAGGACGAACGUGCACACCUCAAGACGCUGCAGGUGGCCCAUCGACAGAUAAUCAACAGCUGAAAGCAGACGCCAGAUCUCUGAUAUGUGGAUGGAUGGUGUGUGCAGGAUGCUUACGAUGCGAGCGUGAAGGCACAACAGGAGACUAUCAGCCCUCUGGUCGCCAUCGCAUCUCGCGUUUGCACCGGGACAGCGAACCUGACCCACGCGGCGUACGUAUGCAACCAUGUGAUGCAACCAUGAUGUUGUUGACGUCACAAUGACGGUCACAUCGCACUUGUGGGGGUGGUUCAGUGUAUGCAUCGGGUGGGUGGUGGUCUCUGUGUGCAGGUGUGAGGGCGGGAAGGAGUCACCCCACAACCCACAACCACAGCCACCAGUAGCUGCAGUAGCAGGCCGGAAGGACACAAACCGGCGGCAGGUGAGAGGGUGCAGGGAAAGGGGCAGCUGCAUGAUUGCGCAAAGAAGAUGUGCAUAUCUGUGCUGCUCUUGUUGCGUGUGGUGGGCGCAUGGUGCAGGUGCCGGCCAUCCGCAAGGUGACGGAGCACGAGCUCAACAGCGUACCACAAUACCAGCGAGGCCGUCUAUCGCUAGACGUCAGCCACCCUUUCACCCAUGAGGUGCAUUCACUCAUGUCUGCCUGCCUGUAUGGCGUGGCGUCGUGUGCAGCGUCUCAAUCGCGCCAUAGAUGCCCUGGACGCGUUCUUGGUGCGCAAGUAUCGGCUGCUGGACACUUCGCCCGACAAGCUCAGGACAGCCGACGAUAUCCGCGACGCACAUGUACGUGACGGUGACGUCGGCUGACUGAUGCAUACAGACAAAUAGACAGACAGACAGACAGACAGGUGGAUGGAUGGAUGGAUGGAUGAGACCGUCACUGUCUGUCUAUGUGUGUGAAUAAUCCAUCCAUCAGGCGUACCGCAAGGGUGAGAGUCGCGAUCUGAGGAAGUAUAUCUGUUUCAGUGACGACGACGCCAAAACAAUCGACGCCAUCCGCCUCGAUGCAACAGGUGAGCCACGGAGAUGUCAGCCAUUGAAUUUCAGACACCUGUUUUUUCGUGUGACGGACGCCUCUCUUUGUGUGCCCCGCUUGCCUGUGGGUGUUCUGUGCAGGUCGAUGUGUGUUGUCGUGUCUGCGCGCGUUGCGGCGCAUCCACGUGGUCAAGGUGGGGGGCUGCUCAAUGAUGACAUACGCCCUCACUCGCGACACGGCCGACCAGUGACUGAGGGACCGACGUGUAGAAAGCAGCGGAUGGGUGAGUCAGUGGCUGGUAUUAUGUAUGUAGCCGCGCCAGUGGGUGGGUGUGUGUAGCUUCAGCGGGGCCGUGGACAUGAUGGCUCCCUUCACGGCGUGUUGAUUGAGUCGAUGAUCCAUUCGCUGGCUUCCCCCCACUCUCACCGUGUCCGUCCUUCUGCCUCAACUUGCAGACACAAUGGUCUGGCCGUUUC